GUAGCGGCCAUCGAGGCCAAGUGUGGGGAGCAACGCGUGGAAAGCAGAGCGGCGCAGUGUCUGAAGAACAAGGGAAACAUCAGCUGCCAGCAGACGGAUUCGUUCUCCGAGAGUGAAUGCAUCUGUGAGGGAGACUCCAGCGAUGUGUGCCGCCAGUUAAGAAUCCGAAGCACAAUGUGCGGCUGCCAGAUCGGCGAAAAGUUUCAUCCGUUCCCGCAGUAUGCCUGCGAUGAGGCAUCCGGCUGCAAUUGCACCAACGCCAACAUCAUUAUCGCUGCCUGCCGGAAUUAGGGGGCAGCACUGCAAUCGCUCGCUCUGAGAAGAGGAGGUGGCUAGUUGGUUGGCUACUCACUAACGUGGCCGUGACCAUAAUCGCGUGCAUGCAUUCCGAUCGCAUCUACGCGUCGCUUUGCACACACACACAUAUAUAUCCCGAAGCUAAACACCACACUACUGUUACGAGUUUUACACAUUUACACAUGCACGAAGUAUUCAAUUUACGUUGAACUGACUCCAGUUUGAAGGGAUUCAAUGCCACGUGAUAAAACUCGUCAAAAAUCACCAUGUAAAACAUGUAUGCGACCGCAUGCACGUAGCAAGCAUUGCGAACUAACACACGAUCAACGAUUUACCUUCUAAUAUUUGACAUCUCAUAUUUCUUACUUGACUGUCAGCAAUAUAGUGGCAGCUGCUAGCCGCACGCCCUCUUAUAGUGUCAAAGUGGGGUCAUCAUUGACCAGACAAUACAUUGAUCUAAAGGCGGUAUGAUCAGAUGGGUGCUGUAGCCAGUCAUUGCAAAUCCUGUGCAUGAGAUGUAAUUAGCCGGUUAACGGCACAAGGUUUCUUUUCCCCAAUGUAAAGCUGGGUGGAUGACACGACUUUAAUGAUAUAUGACACCGUACUUUACGUUUUUGCCACGUGUGUUUUAUGUUGUACAUUUUUGUGUUGAUUUACGGUUACGAAAAUAAUUCACUAUUCUUUUUAUUAUUUAUUACAUGAAUAUGAAAAACCACUUAGAUUGUAAGGUAUUAUGUAUAUUUACACUCAUAAUGAAUUUUUAAUAAA